ACCAGGCUUGGGAUGUACUGUGGAGACACUCGCACGAUUCGAGAAGGACGUGAAGCAAACUGACACAGGGUUCCUGGCAAUAGCAACAGAGGCGGAGAACGACAGGGAGAGAACCUCGGAACCUCCAGGAAAAAUCAAGGAAUUAUUGAAGGAAUUCCAAGAUAUCCUUCCGGACGAUCUUCCGAAUAAGCUACCGCCAUACCGAACGCAUCAACACGAGAUCGUGGAGGAACCGGGUUCGAAGCCGACCUUCCGAGCACCAUAUCGGCUCAGCCCUACGGAGCUGACCGACAUGAAAAAACAAAUCGAAUAUCUCCUAGCCAAAGGACUCAUCCGACCAUCCACUUCGCCGUACGGUGCCCCAGUACUCUUCACACCGAAACCGGACGGAAGCCUGCGCAUGUGCAUCGACUACCGAGCUCUUAACAAGCAGACCAUCAAGAAUAAAUAUCCGAUACCGCGAAUUGAUGACAUGCUUGACCAGCUUCGGGGAGCUACGGUAUUUUCCAAACUGGAUCUGCGGUCCGGAUACUGGCAGAUACGCAUGGCGGACAACUCUAUCCACAAAACUGCUUUACGAACUCGGUAUGGAUCGUACGAGUAUUUGGUAAUGCCAUUCGGACUCACCAACGCACCGGCAACGUUCCAAGCCGAAAUGAACCACAUUCUACGACCACUUUUGGACGAGUGCGUGGUGGUGUACCUGGACGACAUACUCAUCUACUCGCGCGACAUGAAGCAGCACGAUGAACACCUGCGACGCGUCUUCGAAAUUCUUCGACGAGAACGAUUCUACGUCAAACUGUCCAAGAGCGAAUUCGCCCUUGAAAAGGUCCAGUUCCUAGGACACAUGGUGAGCGCUCAAGGAGUUCACGUCGACCCCAAGAAAAUCGAGGCCGUACGCACGUGGAAGACACCCGAGAACGUGAAGGAGUUGCAGCAGUUCCUAGGCUUCGCUAAUUACUACAACAGGUUCGUGCCACAGUAUGCAAAAAUCGCAGCACCACUCACGAAUCUGCUGAAGAAGAACACGCCCUACAAAUGGGAGCCGAAGCACCAGGAAGCCAUAGAGCAGCUGAAGCAAGCACGGACGUCCGCACCGGUACUCAUUUUGCCAGAUCCCGAACCCGACUACGUCAUCGAAGCUGACGCCAGUGACCAAGCAGUGGGAGCAGUCUUGAUGCAAGAUCAAGGGAAUGGACUGCAACCAAUCGCUUACCUAAGUAAGAAACUACACGGGGCAGAACUCAACUACCCGAUACACGACAAGGACGCCCUGGCUAUCAUCAUCGCCUUCAAAGCGUGGAGAUGCUAUCUCGAAGGACGAAGAACAACCGUCUACACUGACCACUGCAGCCUGAAAUACUUGAAGACACAACCCAACCUUUCCAGGCGGCAGGUCAGGUGGAUCGACUUCCUCGAGACACACUUCCACUACGACAUCGUGUACAAGCACGGUCACAAGAACAAAGCAGACGCUCUCAGCCGGCCUGCACACGUUGCCGCUAUUCAGUGGGACAGUGACAUCGCGUACCGGAAAGGAUCAACGAAAAUCUGGGUACCCAAUUACCCUCAUUUGCGCCAAUUACUACUCGAAGAAUACCACGACGUCCUCUACGCCGGACACUUCGGUAGCAACAAGACGCUGACCGGUAUCGCAAAGCACUACUACUGGCCCCACUUAGCAGAAGAUGUCCUGAAAUUCGUCACCUCGUAUGAUACAUGUCAGCGGAUGAAGAGCAGCAAGCAGAAAAAGGCGGGACUACUGCAGCCUCUUCCUGUCCCAGAACAACCCUGGCAAGUGGUUAGCCUGGACUUCAUCACCGGGUUACCACCUACCUCCAGCGGUCAUGACGCCAUCCUUGUCGUCAUUGACAAGUUCUCCAAAAUGGGACACUUCAUCCCGACACACACGACGACACGCACGGAAGAAACAACACAACUCUUCGUUCGAUACAUCAUCUCACAGCAUGGCAUUCCAACCACACUCAUCUUCGACCGAGACCCUAAGUUCACCAGCAAGUUCUGGAAGGAACUUAUGUCUCUCCUCGGGACCAAACUCGCCAUGUCAUCUGCUUACCAUCCACAGACAGACGGACAGACCGAGCGCCUCAACCAAAUUGUUGAGCAACUCCUCCGAGCAGCCUGCAAGGACGAGAUCUCCAAAUGGGACUUGCACCUGCCCGUACUAGAGUUUGCUUACAACAUUGCUACACAUGCCGCUACUGGACAGACGCCGUUCUUCCUCUGCUACGGACGCCACCCACUCACACCACAAAAACCGACAGCAUCAGCUACAGCGUAGGACUGCCUACUUUGACUAGCC